AACUACCGAAAAUUCUUGCUCAUACCCCCACCCCAGUUCUCUCUCUUUCUUUCUCAAUUGUUCUUAGAGAGAGGAGAAAAAGAAGAAUUUAUAAUCUCUAAAUACAGAGAUAUUUACCAGUUUCUAAAUUAAAAAUAUAUAUAUAAAGAAUAGUAAUGGAUUCGGUGAUGAACAAGGCAGGUUCAUAUUUGAUUGGUCAAAAAGCCAACAAGGAGUUCAGCAACGUCACCAACGACCUUAACAAUUUGCAACACAGUAUUACAGGAGGAACCAAAAAGCUCGUGAACAAAAUUAAAGGAAAAGUACAAAAGCCAUUACGCGAGCUGCUAAAAGAGUAUGAUAUUCCAGUAGGUAUUUUCCCUCGCGAUGCAACCAACUACGAGUUUAAUGAAGAGACAAAGAAGCUUACUGUCCAUAUUCCGGAGAUGUGUGAAAUUACUUACAAGGAUGCAUCCAUAGUACGGUUCAAUAGUACAGUUACCGGACAUUUGGAGAAGGGAAAAUUAGAUGAGAUAGAAGGAAUGAAAACAAAGGUGAUGUUCCUUUUUCUAACAGUUAGUGUUAUCUUAUGUGAACAAACAGAGAUUCAUUUCACUGCUGGAUUGAGGAGAACACGACCUAGAGCUGCAUAUGAAGUCCUCAGAGAUGGAAUUGGGAUAGAUAAGUUCUAGUUUGUCAUAUAAUUAUAAGAUGUCCUAUUGUUGAUAUUCGAGUGACUUUUUACACUCUCUUGAUUGUCCAUGUAGUGGUUGUAACUAUGACUUUCUCUAUGAGAAGUUUGUAAUGUUAGUUGUGAGUUUGGAUUUCAA